AUUUGAGAGACCUGCUGCUUUGAGAGACCUGCCUUAUCGAUCGCGUUUUAUAAAUCUUACCAAGCUUCCUAUCGGCCUUUUCUUCUUCGCCUCUUCCACCUCUUCUUCUACGUCUUCUUGGAAGAGGUGAUCUGGUGAUAUUCAAUGUAAAGGAAAGAAGAGAUCUCUUCUUCUCAAGAAAGGAAUUUGGAUUCCGUGAGAAAACUUGCGGGGGCUGGUCACCCUCUCAUUUUUCAUUUCCAGUAGAAAAGAAAAAAAGAAAUAAGGGUUCUCUCUCUCUCAAGGUUCCUGUAUGUGAUCGGCAAAGGGAGAGCCUCGGGUUAUGCGUGCCUCGCACCGUCUCUUUCCAAGCGCCGCGCACUGCCCGGCAUCAAUGCCUUAGUCAAUGGGCACUUCAUCCUAAGCCAUUCUUUCGGCAACGGCGAGGCUCUUUUUAGAGGUUUCCAGCGGCGGCUUCUCAGAGGCAAAUCUGAUCGGAGAAGAAGGGGGUUAUGGGCGCGUAAACGGCGGAGUCCUUACAACCGGGGAAGAAGAGGUAGUAGCAGGGAAGCGACUGAAGGUGGGGGAGCGGACAGGGAGAGCGUGAGAUCCUGACUGGGUUUGAAUAACGCAGCCGAGUUCAUCACCAGUAUGCUGUGCCUUUGGUUUGGAUACUUCACGCACGAGUUGGUGCCUAACAACACCUUGGAGUUCCACAUACAUGACUGGGGUUUGUUGUGGACUUCUUGACGCACUCGACAAUCGUCGGUAUCAUGAGUGGGGCUGCGAUUACAAUAUGCCCGCAGCAGUUGAAGGGCCUCUUUGGACUGGCUUACUUCACCAUCGAAACGGACAUGAUAUCUGUCGUGCAUGCCGUGUUGAAGAACCCAGACGAGAAUCUGGAAUGUAAUCGAGUCAAAUUUCACUUAGUCACUCCAAGUCAUGAUGAGGCCCCGGUCCCAGGACGACUUAGUGGAGUUCACGCUUGACCAAACGAGGGCGAUGAGAAGUCAUGAUGAGGCCCCGGUCCCAGGAGGAAAAUUAUGAGGCGUGAUGAGUCGUGGGACAACACUGACGACUUAGUGGAGUUCACGCGUGACUAAACGAGGGCGAUGAGAAGUCAUGAUGAGGCCCCGGUCCCAGGAGGAAAAUUACGAGGCGUGAUGAGUCGUGGGACACCACCUACGACUUAUUGGAGUUCACGCGUGACCAAACGAGGGCAAAUGACGUUGCAGACGAGCAAUCACAGCACAAUAAGCGGAAUAAAGUAGAAAGGCUAUGAUAGGAUGAGCAGCGGAAUUUGGCGUACUCAAUGCCAAAUUGCAGGUUCCGCCAAGCGGGAUUCCAGUGAUAAAACGACAUCGUUGCUCCUAACGGUGGUGUCAUCCUCUCCUUUUCCCAUAGAAGCAUGUUACAGUCGUCCCCACUGGUUCAGGAGUUUUCGACCCCACAAAAUAUAUAUAUAUAUAUAUGUAUAUAUACAGGAGUUCACCGGUGGCUCCUCAGUGGCAAAUCUAGUCGGAGAAUAAGGUGGUUUUGAGCGGGUGUCCUGCGGAGUCCUUCCCAGCGGGGAAGAUGCAACAGUGAAGCGACUGGAAGAUUCCGAGCUUUGUAGCCAAUUGUAUACGCCAUCUUCGGGAGCUCAAAGCACAUAGCGAUUGGGACCGUGGCUGCAGCUUCACUGUUUCCAGCUGCGACCAUUCAAGAGAACAUGUCGCCGGACACUGACCCCCACUUGUAUCUCAACUCGAUCUUCACUGUAAUCUGCCAGUCAGUCUUUGGACUGGGGAUUGUUGCGGACUUCUUGUCGAACUCAACAAUCGUCGGUAUCAUGAGUGGAACAGCGAUUAUGAUAUGCCUGCAACGGUUGAAUUGCAUCUUUGGAGCGACCCACUUCUCACCAAGACGGACGUGAUAUCUAUCUUGCAUGUGGUGUUCAAGCGCCAAGACGAGGCUCCUGGCCAUGGCCGACGGCAGCCACCAACACGACAACGCUGCUGCUUGCCACCACCACCCUGGCAUCUCCUAUGCCGUCAGCUUCUUCUGGGUCCCCUUCGGCCAAUUCUCCUUCGUCUUGGUCCACCAUAUUGACGAAGCACAUGGCAGCAGUGGCGGCAGCGGUUUUGGCGCUGGCGCUGAUGCUGGUUGUGGUGCUGAAAUACUGUCUAAAUAGGAAGAACCGGAGAAUGCAGCUUCGCUCUGCGUCCCCUAACAUUCUUCUCGGUUCCGCCAUGUGUCAUUUUACUCUUGAACAAGUGCAGGCGUUCACCAGCCACUUCUCAGGGGCAAGUCUACUCGGACGAGGUGGUUAUGGGUGCGUGUACCGCGGAGUCCUUCCCAACGGGGAAGAGGUAGCAGUGAAGCGACUGGACGUGGGAAGCGGACAGGGAGAGAGUGAGUUUCUGAACGAGGUUAAAAAAAUAAACCAAGUGCAUCACAAGCAUGUCGUGUCUUUGGUUGGAUACUGCAGAGAGGGGUCCGAGCGCAUCCUUGUGUAUGAGUUUGUGCCUAACGGGUCCUUGGAGUCACACUUACGUGGAGGUGGACAGUCAACCCUACCUUGGGAGGCCAGAAUGAGAGUUGCUGUUGGCUCUGCCAAAGGAUUGGCAUAUCUUCACGAGGAUUGCCAUCCUACGAUCGUACAUCGCGACAUCAAGGCAGCCAAUAUACUUGUGAACUUCGAUUUUGAGGCGAAUAUUGCAGAUUUCGGACUUGCAAAAUCGGCUUCUGAAUCGAAUCAGGGUGAAUCUAGGCCAGUGGGCACCUUUGGGUAUGUUGCUCCAGAAUACGCCUUAGGUGGGGAACUGACCCCAAAUUUAGAUACUUUCUCUUUUGGGGUCGUGCUCUUGGAAUUGAUUACUGGUCGCAGACCUGUGGGUUCAACACAUAAUUCUUUGAAUGAUAAUCUGGUUUAUUCGACGAGGCCUUAUCUCACACAAGCUCUGGAAGAUGGAAACUUCGACUCUCUUGUUGAUCCUAGGCUGCAGAACAAUUAUAACCCUAGUGAGAUGGCUCGAAUGGUGGCCUGCGCUGCUGCUUGCGUGCGUGAAUCGGCAGGGUGUCGACCAAAAAUGAGUCUGAUUGCCCGAGUCCUCGAAGGGCAUCAAUCUGCUGCUGACCUUGAUGAUGGGACCGGAGCCGGGCCGAGUAACCUUGACCUUGAGGACGGCAACAGCAAUUACAGGGAACCUACAGGUGGAUAUGGCUUGCCGUGUCCAUCUGGCUCGAGUAGCGAGGGUCCUAGCUGCCAAACAGCCCGAGAUCUGGAGAUGGGGAGGAUGUAAACCUCCUUGUUUACAUAUCGUGGCAUUGAAUAGUUUCUAAACCUCCUUAUUUUUUCACAUUUCACCACGGAUGGCAAGAUAGGCGAAGUAAUUCAUGGUCGAACACAUAGAUAAGUUGUAUGGUUUGGUAGCGUCACUUUGUUAAAGUUGUUAGUAUUUUCCCACAUCAAUGUCAUUGAAAUCAACGUUGUGUGCUGAA